AUGCCCGUAAUUCACAAUGAUGACUUGAGGAAGAAUUCCACUCUUCCACGUCCGAGUCCAGUCGGAUCCAAGGCUCCGCUCUCAGAGACCUUCAAUCAUUCCAUCAGGGCCAGAUAUGGCUGGUCUGACACCUCCAUCCGACCCAGGAGUGUGUCGCCGGUCAGAGAUGCACUGCGAGACGCGCAGACCGCUGCCUUGGACAUCACUCCUCCUGGUUCGGCAGAGCUUCCCGUCUUUGAGGAUGGGAACGAAAACCCGACCGUCGCCGGCAAGGAGACAACUACCAACACCUUGCAGGAGCGGCGACGGCCCCGACUAUCAUUGUCUGAGAGGACUAUUGAGACUUUGUCGCAGAUAUCGCCGUGUCCGUCUCCCACUGGCAGACGGCCAAGCGUGGCGGGUAUCGACACUUCUAUGCCUCCCCCAAUGCGGCCAGCAUCAAGCAUGAGAGAGUCCAGACCCAGCACCCCAUCCAGUGCUCGUCCAGACUCACCAUCAAAACGACCGUUCAGACCUCCUGGUAGAAUGUCUCCAACAAAGGAUAUCGCCUUGGCCCCGGUUGUCUCACCCGGCAAUAUAUAUACACCACCAAAAGCUUUUGUCAGAGGUCAACCUUCACGAAUUGCCAAGUUGCCACAUGAAUCAAAACGCUCAAUCAGUUCAGCUUUCCAUGUUCACGACCAGAAGCCUGGCUCCACGCGUACCGCACCUGCCCUAACGUCAACCAUAAAAUUCAAACCCACAUACAGCAACAAAACAAUAGGACAUACUCCCUCUGUUACGAGACCUUCGCUUGCCUCCCUCUUCAAGGAUGUAGUUCCCACUGGAGCCAAAUCUGUAAAGCCCCCGGUGUCCGAGGACCAGCGUUCAGGAUUAUUGAGACCCAAGACUAGAGGAGAGAAUGCAAUCGCGCCUUCUACACCCCCAUCAGCACACUCAAAGAAGCAAAAGGCUACGCCGAAAGCUGCUGCACUCCCCUCCAAUGAAGACAAAAGUUCACCAAAAUCGUCAGCCGCUCUACGGGAAACUAUCGCAAAAGCAAAAGCAGCAAAGAGAAAGGCUAUGGGCUCAUCGCAAGGAGUCGCAGACCAAGCUACAAGCCUAGAGCCAUGGCCUGUGGUCGAAAUUGAGGACGAUCUAGUUAUGGGCAAGGAUGGCAAAGGGCUACUGCGGAGACGCAUUGCACAAGCUCUCACAUCUGGUCAUCUGAACAUCACAGGCAUGAGUCUAAACCAGAUACCCACAGAAGUUAUGAAUAUGUAUGAGUCGUCGGAAAACAGUACAACGAAUUGGUCAGAGAUGGUCGAUUUGAUCAAGUUCAGCGCGGCGAGUAACGAAAUCAAUGACCUAGGAGAGGAGACCUUUCCCAACUAUUCUCCAGAAGAAAUGAUGAAUGACGACGAGAAAACCAAUCAAUUCGGUGGACUUGAACACAUUGAUCUACACGGUAAUCAAUUGUUCAGAAUUCCAGUGGGCAUUUGUAGGCUUGAGAGACUGCAAGUUCUGAAUCUGAGUAACAACAAGUUGACAAGUGAGUCUCUGACGGUCAUUGGACAAGUCAAGAACUUGAGGGAGCUCUUACUCAGUGGCAAUCUCAUUUCUGACGUGAACUUUGGCAAUCAUGAACUUGAAAACCUCCACACUUUGGAUCUCCACAACAAUCAUAUUCAGCAAGUGCAUCAAGAGAGCAUCGGUACUUUCAAGAGCUUGAAAGUGCUAAAUCUUGCAAAGAACAAGCUGGCGGGGUCUUUCCCCUGGCAGUCGAUAGAGAGUUUACCUCUCGUAGAUCUCAAUAUCUCCAAUAAUCGCCUAUCAGACACGCUCUUUGAGGCGACGUCAAAACUGUCCGACUUGCAGAAGCUUGACGUUUCCCACAACGUGUUGAAAGAUAUCGGCGAGGGCUUGCUGCCUAAUCUUCGCUCUUUUGCAAUCAACAACAAUCGUCUGACUGAGCUGUCGACCUUGGAAAGCUGUGAGUCCUUACACACUUUGCUUGCUUCGGAGAAUGAACUGGAGGUGUUGCCUGUCGGUUUUACAAAGCUGAAGGCAUUGAAAAUUGCCGAUUUCUCACACAACAACAUCCGAAUCCUUGAUCCUGAAAUAGCAUUGAUGGAUGAGUUGAGCAGCAUCACCCUGGUUGGAAACCCUCUACGGGAGAAGAAGCUCCUCGCGAUGAGUGCGUCGGAAAUCAAACAGGAGCUGGAGAGAAAAGUCGAGACACAGCAUGAGCACGAACAUGAUGGGGGCGUCCUUCAGGUGAUCAACGAGACCGCCGAAGCUCGCUACAAAUCUGUCAAUGGAGUCCUUGAUCUAUCUUCUCAAUCCUUGACAACAAUUAAUCUGGACGAGGUUGAUUUUCAAAACUCACACGUUGCGAUACACACAUUAAAGCUUUCCAACAACGACCUCACUGCCCUCCCAUCUGAGUUGCUUGCCCAUCCAGCUCUUAAGUAUUCACUGCAAUCGUUAGACCUCAGUCACAACCCGCUUUUGCAUCCGACCCAGUAUAUUACGUCGGAACUGUUCCUUCCCAGCCUCAAAUCGCUUUACAUUGUAAGCACGGGGCUGACGUCUCUGGACGCACUGACGACUUACAUGAAGGCGCCCGAGCUUGCUGAGCUGAACAUCUCAUGUCAUCGAUUGGCAGGACGGGUGCCCUGGGUGCAAGCGUGGUUUCCCAAGUGCACAACACUUCUGGCGACUGACAACUGGUUCACCAGCAUUGACCCGGAAGGCGUACGAGGCCUUGAAGUGCUCGAUAUCCGCAACAACGAGAUUGAAAGCCUUCCAGCCAAGAUUGGCUUGUGUGGUAACUUUGUGGGAUCCGCUAAAGAGCCUGGUAAGCUAAGAGUACUGGAAGUCAGUGGAAACAGAUUUCGCGUGCCGCGCUUGGUUGUUGUGGAAAAAGGGACUGAGGCAAUUCUGAAAGACCUGAGACGCAUGAUUCCGGACAAUGAAGUGCCUGAGGAGUGGAAGGAGAUGGUAUGA